AUGCCCGCGUCUUCGUCAAUACAGUCUUACUUCUCAUCUUCGCCUACGAAAAGCAGUGAUGUCUUCACAGCAGAGGACGUACAAUCCACUGCUACGGAAGGAGCGAUCACGGCAGGUACAUGGGCUCCCACUCUCGACUACGAAGAAGCAGACCUAGACACACUUGAGCCUGGUCCUUGCAACCUCACACUCAUGGGCCGCGUCGUCUACUUCAACGACCAGUCCAAACCCAGCAAAUCACACAAAGCAGCUCAAGGAUGCAUCAAAAUUCUGCUCGCAGACGACACCGGGGUACUCACCGUCCGCCUUUGGUAUAAUAAUACCCAGUACAAGCUCAAGCUGGGGCAGCUACUCAGUGUAUGGACGGUGCAUAUCUCGAACUCUUCAGAGUACAACUCACUAGCACCGAAUACUGCGCCGCUGUUCACUACGAUAUUCCCCGAAGGUGAGAGACACUGCCAUGUCAUGGUGCAUGAGAACAGCGAUGAUGGGACGAGGUUCAAGAGGCCGUAUGGUGUGAGGGACAACAGAGUGCUUAGUGGGCUGAUGACGCUGAAGACAUUCACUGAUGGUGGUUAUGAUAUCGAAGAGCCGAAACUACUGGUAUGCGUGAAGAGUAUUGGCGCGCGGAAGAAAUACAUAAACCGCAACAGCACAACCUCUGAACUCAUAACACUCGGUAUCUUCGACGACACAUCCGACGGGCUCCUCACCCUAUACUCUUCCAUGUGCGACUCAGCCUCUCUGUUCGUCCCCUCAGAAACCGUCCUCCUCAUCUCGAACCCCGGAUGGCGCAUCGACAAGAUGGCCAAGCUCACAAUCAGCGGCAACUCACGUGUGGACAUCGACCCAGACAUGGGUGAUGCGCGGCGCUUAAGAGCCCUAGCACAAAGACUAACGAAGAAAGAGCAUGUCAACCCGCCGUUCCCCAUCGCCGAAGAUGUAGUCGAGGGCUUCGAGAAUGCAGCCGUGAGAGCACUGUAUACACUUGCGGAUGUAGAUGAUGUCGCUCGCUCGCUGUCGAGCAAAAGGUCCAAAGAAACUAUCACUGGGUACCUUAGCGUCAUCAUCACCGAACUCAAUAUCGUCACGCCGUUCAAACGAAAUAUGCUCAUGAGUAAUGAGUGCUGUGGUAUACCCAUCUUCGCCAACAGUACACAGGUCGUGUGUAAGCAGUGUGAGAAGGUUGUUGGACUGAGAAUCAAUCCUAGGAUACUCGGUCCCCUUCUCGACGAAACCGGCCAGAUCAGCAGCGGUAAGCUCAUUCUCUCGGACGCCGCCUGGACCCAACUGCUCGGUCGCUCGCCGGAGCAGCUCGUCGAUACCCGUCUCGAUGUCCUUCGUUAUCUGGAGCAGCGCUUGCUGUUCCUGCGUAUCUCAGUGGGGUUUGCGUUGAGGCUGGAGGAUGAGAUUGGGAGGCUGGCUGUGUGGUGUGUGAAGAGCUGA